AGUGUUAGUGACGGAAUCGAAUCGCUUUCUCAUCCCUCCCCUUCAUAACCACCUCCAGUGGCACAUCAUUCCCACCAAAUGUUUCCUAAAUACUCAUAAAUACGAUCUUCCCGACAUGAAAAGCUGGAUAGCAUUUUAUUCUUAACUGCGCUGAUGUAAACCAUAAGCACACAGGAGCUGCAGGAAAACUGCCAGUGCAGUGCAUGAAGGUUAAAGUCCACUUACAGAGAGGUCUCCUUCUGACUGCCAUCACUUCAGAGCCAAGGAGCUAUGUCAGGGUCCUAUGAGGAUUCUGCUUCUCUGGAAGAGACAACUGACAGCUUCUGGGAGGUUGGAAAUUACAAGCGGGCAGUGAAACGCAUCGAUGAUGGGCACAGACUUUGCAAUGAUCUCAUGAACUGCAUCCAUGAAAGAGCGAAAAUCGAAAAGGCAUAUUCCCAGCAGCUUACAGAUUGGUCAAAACGGUGGAGGCAGCUUGUCGAAAAAGGUCCACAGUAUGGUACUCUGGAGAGGGCAUGGCUGGGUAUUAUGACAGAGGCUGAUAAAAUCAGCGAACUUCAUCAAGACGUUCGGAAUAGCCUUGUGAAUGAAGACUUUGAAAAAGUGAAGAACUGGCAGAAGGAUGCCUAUCACAAGCAGAUAAUGGGGGGAUUCAAAGAAACCAAGGAAGCAGAAGAUGGAUUUAGAAAAGCACAGAAACCAUGGGCCAAAAAACUAAAGGAGAUGGAAGCAGCCAAAAAGGCAUACCACAUGGCUUGUAAAGAAGAGAAGUUGGCUGUGACGCGCGAAGCAAACGGCAAGGCUGACCAGUCUGUUACACCCGAUCAACUGAAGAAACUCUCGGACAAAAGUGAAAAAUGCAAGCAAGAUGUCCAGAAGACCAAAGAAAAAUAUGACAAGGGCCUAGAAGAACUGAACAAGUGCACGCCUCAGUACAUGGAAAACAUGGAGCAGGUGUUCGAUCAGUGCCAACAGUUUGAAGAGAAGCGACUCAGUUUCCUGAGGGAGGUAUUACUGGAUAUCAAACACCACCUGAACCUUGCAGAGACAAGCAGCUACGCAAAUGUGUAUCGUGAGCUUGAGCAGCUGAUACGACAGGCAGACCCGCAAGAGGAUUUAAGGUGGUUCCGUGGUUGCCAUGGUCCUGGUAUGCAAAUGAACUGGCCACAGUUUGAGGAAUGGAACCCAGACUUGACACAUACAAUUACAAAACGGGAGAAGGUAAAGAAAGGCAAUGAGGGCGUGACCUUGACAAAUGUCACUACCGCUAGUGAUCAGGUAUCACAAGCUGGAGACAGAGGCAGUGUCAGUAGCUAUGACAGGACCCAAGCCUAUUCUGCUGACUGGUCCGAUGAAGAGACAGGAAACCCCUUUAACGCUAAUGAGGCGAAUGGUGGGGCUAACCCAUUUGAUGAAGAUUCCACACCCCCAACAGCCAAGAAAGGGGUGCGUGUUCGAGCACUCUAUGAUUAUGAUGGGCAAGAGCAGGAUGAACUGAGCUUCAAAGCAGGUGAAGAGUUGACAAAGCUAGAAGAUGAAGAUGAACAAGGCUGGUGCAAAGGUCGUCUAGACAGUGGGCAACUUGGCUUGUACCCAGCCAAUUAUGUUGAGGCCGUCUAAAUAAACGAUUCUCCCCAGUUCAGCUAUCACUGAGUCAGUCAUGCAUAUGUUAUAUCCACCCUACAGUGGGGUACAGCAAGAGGAGUAAACCUUUUUUUUCCAGCACUUUUGCUUUUGAUGGUUUUACCAAACUUUUUGCCACAACAGUUGUGCACAGAUAUUUCAGGGGAUAUAUAUUUUUUUAUUUAAUUAUUGUUACACAGACAUCAUUCAUCGGUAGAAUAUUUUCCCAGUAAGGCGUAAUAUUUAUUUGUAUUACUCUGUGAAAAGGAAUAAAUAUAAUUAAAUGUUAUGAUUUUAAGUACAAUUAAAGGAAGUGUAAAUAUCACUCAGAUUAUAGAAAGUCUGUCGACAGACAUUUCAAGUUAUGUAUUUAGCAUUCUUGUGGAGAAAGUACUUGUAUCCAAAAGAUGUAUGCAUUCUUGUAAAAGACCAGCCAUGUUAUAAAAUAUCAACACAGAA